AUGACGAUUAGUUAUAAUUGGAUUGAUGGUAUUUGGAUCGGUACAGGUAGUUCUGGUUAUAAUUGGGAUAUUCGACUCGAAGCUGAUACAAGUCAAAAUCGAUAUACACUAGAGUAUCCAUCAUUAGACGGAAAAAGUCAGCUGAUAUUUUUAGAUUCACAUAAACAAGGUGAAAUUACAUUUCGAGAAAAAAUGUUAAAUGGGCUCAAUUUUUCUAAUAAUGAUAUCAUUAUCUUCAACAUGGUACACAAUAAUAAAUUAACGUUUUCAGCCUAUCAUCAAGGAGAAACAAAUUGUAUCGGAAGCGGUGUACUCACCAAAAUAAUAGAAUAG